CUUAAAAAACGCUUCCCACACUGUCUGAUUAUAGGAACUCGCAAAUCUGGAACCCGGGCCCUCCUUGAGUUCCUCUCCCUACAUCCUUCAGUUGUAGCAGCCAAAAAGGAAACCCAUUUUUUUGAUAGCGACGAAAAUUUUCGAAAAGGUCUCAAAUGGUACCUAAAUUUUAUGCCACCAUCUACAGAAAAUCAGAUAACCGUUGAGAAAACGCCGGCCUAUUUUUUCUCCGGGAAAGUCCCAGCCAGGAUUAAAAGGACGGAAGUGGAAGCGAACGGAUCUGGUGGGCGGAUGAAGUUUUUACUGAUUGUCAAGGAUCCAGUAGAAAGGGCAUUGUCUGAUUAUGCUAAGGUACUGCAGAGCAAGCAGAAGCAAAACAUUCGCUACCCAACUUUUGAAGAACUAUCAACCGAUCCAAUCACGGACGAGAUCACAAGCGCCUAUCGACCAAUUAGAAGAAGCCUUUACAAUUUGCAGCUACGCAAUUGGCUGAAGCAUUUCAAACGUAGCCAAUUACAAGUCGUGGACGGUGCAGCCCUGGUCACAAAUCCAGUCCAUGAAUUACAAAAAGUUGAAAAAUUUUUGGGCUUGCAAAAAUUUCUCACGAGCGAUAAAUUUAUUUGGAGCCAAGAUAGAGGCUUUUACUUUGCAAAUGUUACCAAAAUCCGCACAAAGUGUUUAUCGACGAGCAAGGGUUUAGCCCAUCCCCGACUAUCCGACCGAUUCACCGAAAAGAUUCGAAACUUUUUUAGACCGUUUAACGAGGAUUUUUACAAUCUGACUCGCAUGAAUUUCGAUUGGUGA